UUAGGUUAUAGAAGCUUUUAAUGAGUUGUGAAUGUGAUGCCGUGUACAUGUCAGAGGGAUUUUGAUUGGCUGCCAGUGAUCUUUGCCAUUUUUAACGGGAAGUCAGAGUAUCUCCAUCCAAAAUGUUUAUUUCAAGCCUUAAAUUUCAAGUCUUAAACCCUAACCAAGUGGUUUGUCUGCCUAAACCUGAGCAGAGCGUUGUGAACAAAGCUUUGUGAGAAAAGGGGGGGAAAAAAAGAAAAAUCAUCCCAAACAGACGCAAAAUUGCAACAAAAAGAAUCUUCCAGUUCCAGUCUCCCCCUGUGGUUUCGCAGAAGUGUACUCAGCUAACCUUUAUUCUGGUGUCUGGGUUAAUUGUUUGGUUACCAGUACAGACAUGCAACAGGCUGGUGGGUGAGGAAACAAAAGAAAAAAAAAAAACACUUUGACAUCUUAUUUUUUAUUCUAUGAUGGAUGUAUGGAGCAAAUUAAAAACACAAGUCAGUAAGCACAUUUUGGCAAGAAUUUUAAUUUAGUUCCAGCCUUAGUCACUCAGUGAAAGAUGUUCUUGGCGUAAGUUCACACCGAAGUGCCUUUUUGUCCAUAUUUAGUUUGGUAAUGUUUUGCUUUGGGCUGUGGGUGUAGUCUUCCAGGCUGAAUUGUGAUACUGACAUUUUGUUCCUCGAGCCCAGUGGAUUAGACAAGCUGACUGCUAACACUAAAAACACUUUCUCUUAAAGGGAAUUAAUAUACGUACAUAUUAUUGAAUUAGUGGGACUGUCAUCGUACAGCGGAGCCAAGGCGUGGGAUAAUAGAAGAAAGGGUACUCAAAUAUGUUCAAGGUAUUUCUUCAAAUAACCAGGAUUUCAAUUUUCAUAUCUACAGUGUGCUUUUAUUCAAAACAUGAUUAAUUUCCAGUGGGGUUCAGUGCAUGUUUAACAUACUACAUGGAGCUAAUUAGAACAGAAAUUUAAAUGAUGUCUCUUAGAUAACUUGUAGAAGUUUGAAUUGUUUUCUGAGUCAAUCUAAACUCAGACUACCUAGGUUCUUAUGGACUAUGAACUAUUUAUUCUCUAUUAAGAUGACAAAUGAUUUUCUCAGACAAUUUGACUUUGCUGCUAUAACUGAAAGUUAACAAUGUUGUUUGCAUCCUUUCCCUAACAACCACUGCUGUUGCAACAGUACUGUAUGGUCUGAGACUUCUCUAUUCCUUGCCUUUUAAAGAUGGAUAUUCCUUUACGACCAGAGCUGUUUGACUUUCAUGGAGUCUCGAUGACGCACCAUUACACAGACAACUGGGAGAAGCUUCAAAACUUUCAGGCCAGGCCAGAUGAUGUACUCAUAGCAACAUACCCCAGAUCCGGGAACACCUGGCUCUGCUGCAUCCUGGACCUGCUGUAUUUUGGUGAAAGGUUUCCAGAGCGUCAGGCAUCCAUCCCAAUCUUUAGAAGAGUGCCAUUGUUGGAGGCCACCUUCACCUGCAGAGCAGGACCAGGGGGAACUCCACAUGUGAUAAGAGGAACAGACAUGGUGGAGAAGCUCCAAACCUCUCCUCGACUCAUCAAGACUCAUCUUCCUGUCCAGUUCAUACCAAAGUCAAUCUGGGAGCAAAACUGCAGAAUAGUCUAUUCUGCCCGCAAUUCCAAGGACAAUGUGGUGUCUUACUUCCAUCUUGAACGUAUGACCAUGAUCCACCCAGAGCCUGGAGAUUGGAGCAGUUACCUCCAGAGGUUCAUGGAGGGAAAGAUGCUGUUUGGUCCCUGGUACAAACAUGUGAACGGCUGGUGGAGGAAGAAACAGAGUCCCUCAAACAUCCAUUACGUGUUCUAUGAAGAUCUGGGUGAGGGAAGGUUGGUGACUGGAAGAACCAUUUCACUGUGGCCCAGAACGAAGCAUUUGAGGAGGAUUACAAGAAAAAGAUGAAGGACCACACACUUCAGUUCCGCACUGGAGUCUGAAUGGGACUGAAAAGGCAGUGUAUGUGGAGACUGGUCCACAACUGACUGGAUGGUUCCAUUUUUUUUCUGUAUGCUGUACAAAUGCAGCAUUAAAUGUAAAGUUAGCCUACAUUUUGUGGAAUUUGUCAAUAUGUUGGAAAAAUGCUCAUAAUCAGAGAUAAUAAAGAGGUUUAGCAGUGAGGACAGUUGGACUAUGAGCUUUGCGUGGGAAUUUAACCCCCUCAAGUCAUCAUGGCAGCUUCACUGAUGUAGCCAGGAUGAUGUGUCUGGUAUGGCCUGCCUGAUCAGCAGACUAAGAUCUGUGCAUCAAAUCACGCACAGAGAGAUGCACCGCAGUACCCCUCCUUCUUCAACUAAAUAAACUUUUUGCCCAUAUAGAGUCAAACAGAGUUGUUGUCAUCAGGGCCGUAACUACCAUUGAGGACACCGAGGUCAUGUCCUCUGUAUUUUUUCUCUGUGAAAAAAAAAAAGAAGGUGAUAACUGCUGACAAAUAGUUGGGGGCCUUAAGCACAUUUUUGCGCAAAUUCAUCUAAAAGCACAGCAAUUUUGCACAUAUGUAGCUCAUACUGAAAUGAUUUAGCUAAUGACCCCUGGGGCAAAUUUGGCCGCCACAUCCAAUAUGGCCGCUUCCUGAAAAGGGUUCUGGCUAUAACUUUUGAACCAUAUGAGUAACCAAUACAAACUUGAUAACUUUUUCAGAUUAUUUGAUGAUGGGAAACACAUAGGAAUGUUAAUAAUUAUGACCUGGUGCAUCUGGACCCCUUAAUCCUCCAAUUCCAAUAUGGCUGCUGUCCAAAAAAGCAGUUUUGACUGUGGUGUGGGCCUUACACCCCACUGUCACCAAAUUUGGAACAGAUGUAGCUGAGGGCAUACUGAAAUGAUUUAGCCAGGGCACCCAAGCCAAUGGUCCCUGUGACCAAGAUGGCAGCCAAAUCCAAUAUGGCCACCACCUGAAAGGGAUUCAGCCAUAGCUGAAUUCAGCCAGAUGAGAUACAAAUACAAACUUGAUGUCUAUUUUACCUAUUUUGACCAUAGGAAACAUAUCAGGACCCCCCAAAUUCCCUAAAUUCAAUAUGGCCACUAUCUGAAAAAGGGAUUUGGCCACAAACAUUUAACCAAAUGCGCUACAGAUGAGGGUGUGGUGUCUAUUUUAUGUUUAUUGACCACAGGAAGUCCAUUGGCAUAUUCAUAUUUAUGCUUGUGUAAGUCUGGAAGCUGUUCUUUUCAAAACUGUGUUUGAAAAUCCAUUUUUACCACAACUUUGAAGGUAAGGGUAACAUCAUAAUGUCCAAAACUCUCCACUAACAUCACCCACACUAAUCAAACUGUUGCUUCCUCCAGCAGAGAUGACCCAUGGUGCUGAAGUCAAGAUCCACUCCAGAUUUUUGUGUCUCUUUAUCUGAACAGAUCAGUUCCUGCUCAUACUUGGCCUGUGAGCAGCUGUGGUGAUUCUUAUAUUAGUCUCUAAAUAAAGUCUCUAAAUGUUUUCUUCUUAUUUGUCACUUUGGAACCUCUGAUAGAACAAAGGUUAUGUGCUGUGACUCAAGUUCUAUGAUCACAAGUGUUUCAGUAUGAAAAUAUUUAAUUAUGUGAAUAAUGUUUUUUGUAUUUUUUUUCAUCUGAUCAUAAUAACAAAUACAUGUUAAUUCUGUCUUUGAGUAAUAAAGUAAAUAAUGUCAAAAUUAUUUUAAUCAAGCUUUAAUUUAGUUGCUUUAUUGCUCUGUGUUCAAAACCUGUCAGUCAGUCAUGUGACAUCAGUCAGUUCAUGAAAGCUUCCUGUAUGAUGACAUUCUGAUCAUGAACUGUUCCUUUAAUGACAGCUGACACCAGAUUCAUCAUCAGUAUCAGGUGUGAGGUUUCCCUCUACUGGUUCACAGAGGUUACUGUUGUUGCUUUUGAUGAAUGAACAAGUGCAGCAUCUACACACAUUACAUGGUGGCUGGCAUGCGCCUUUAAUAUUGUGCGCAGCUAAUAAACACAGAGAGGAAGAACAAACACACUGUUGUCGUGCUCAUGAUACCAAACUGCUGCACCUGUGUAGAGCUACGCAAUGUAGACAGGAGCCAGACAUGUUGUCACUGGUGUGGAUUUCUUUUUUACAAGAAGAACAUAGCACGAGGAAAAACAAAAGUCUUAUCAAAGCUAUGGAAUAUCAAAUAAACCAUAAAAACGCAAA